AUGCGCCCCACCAUCCCACUCCUUGUCUCGGGGACCUUUCUCACCGCUCAAGCCUUUGAAUUCACCGGCCCCGACCCAAGCCAGAAGAUCAACCUCACCCAGCCUGUCGAGAUCACUUGGACCCUCGACUCAUCAUUUUCAGAGCCCCUAGCCCGUGCAUUCAACCUCUGGUUUUAUGCGGUGUUUAGUGGUGGAGGUGGCACAGGUGGCUGGGAAAUCCGGAGCAAUCUAUCGCUCUCGUCCACGUCAUAUACCUGGAACCCGCGAAGUAUCGUCGACGGCCUGAUCUCCAACGGCAACCUGAUCGUGCCCGGCGAAGAGCAUUAUUUUAGCGCCCAGCUCGUAGGAGCCGAUGGCCAGAAAUUGGCGGAAGUCCAGAGCGAGAACUACGCCCUCGAAGGAUACGACUUCAUCAGAAACGGUGGGCCGUGUGUCCGCGCAGAAGUGGCAGCUGUCGGUGUGAUGGCUGGGCUUGUCAUCGCUGGAGGCAUGAUGUUAUGA